UUCCAGGGCGACCAGGAGAAGUACUACGACAGCGUCGACCCUGCCGCGUCCGACGUCGAGCUCGUGCACGCAAAGUACGUCGUCGGCUGCGACGGCGCGCACUCCUGGGUCCGCAAGCAGCUCGGGAUCGAGAUGGAGGGCGAGUCUACCGACUACGUCUGGGGCGUGCUCGACGCCGUCCCGCUCACAAACUUCCCCGACAUCCGCCACCGCUGCGCCAUUCACUCGGCCGAGAACGGCAGUAUCAUGGUCAUCCCGCGCGAGCAAGGCGUCGUUCGCUUCUACAUCCAGCUCCAGGAAACCCCGCGCGACCCCAACACCAAGACCGAGUCUGAGAAAGAGGCCGGCACCGAGGCCACCACCAAGGGCCGCGUCGACCGCUCCCAGAUCACGCCCGAGUUCAUCCUCGGCGCUGCGCAAAAGAUCUUUGCGCCGUACACGAUCGACGUCCGCGACAUCAGAUGGUACACGGCCUACCAGAUCGGCCAGCGCGUCUCGCCUUCGUGGCACAAGCACAACCGCGUCUUCAUCUCCGGCGACGCGUGCCACACCCACUCGCCCAAGGCCGGCCAGGGCAUGAACACGUCGAUGAUGGACACCUACAAUCUCGGCUGGAAGCUCGCGUGGGUCUGCAAGGGCCUCGCGGACCAGAAGAUUUUGGCUACGUACGAGGACGAGCGUCGCCAGAACGCGUACGACCUCAUCAACUUUGACCACAAGCUCUCGCGCCUGUUUUCGGGCAAGCCCCAUCUGCCCGGCCAGAACGACGACGGCGUGUCGCUCGAGGAGUUCCGCAAGGUGUUUGAGAUGGGCAAGGCGUUUGCCAGCGGCUGCAUCAUCGACUACAACCCCUCGUGCCUCGAAGCCAAGUCCGAGAAGUACGCGCAGAAGGACCAGUUCGGCGACCUGAAGUACAUCAACCCGCUCGCGUCCAAGACCACGAUCGGCAUGCGCUUCGACUCUGCCCAGGUCGUCAGCCAGUCCGAGGCCACGCCGCACUACAUCAACGACGUCAUGCCUUCCGACGGCCGCUUCCGCAUCCUCAACUUUGCCGGCGACAUCAAGAAGAGCCCCGAGCUGACUGCGAAGCUGCAGGAGCUGGGCGCGUACCUCGAGUCCGACAAGUCGUUUAUCAAGAAAUACACGCCCGCCGGCGCCAAGAUCGACUCUAUCAUCGAGGUCCUCACUAUCCACGCCAGCCCGCGCGUGGACGUCGAGUGGGAAGACUUCCCGGCCGCGUUCCACCCCAAGGACAAGUUCCUGCGCGAGGACUACUGGAAGAUCUACACCGACGACCAGUCGCACCACCACGGCCACGGCCACGCCUACGAAAAGUACGGCGUCGACCCGAAGGUUGGCGCGCUCAUCGUCGUGCGUCCGGACGGAUACGUGUCGCACGUCGCGCCCCUCGGCCUCGAGGGUAUCGAGGACGUCGCCAAGUUCUUUGAGGGAUUCGCGCUGCCGGCGGCGAAGCCGGCCGAGACGGUCGAGGAGGUCGAUCAGUACGGUGUUGCUGAGGUGCCGCUUCCCGUCCUUGCUCUGUAAUUUAUGUCUUCUAUGUUCUGGAUCGGUUUUUUUUUUGAUAGUUAAAGUACAGCAUUGUGGUUAAUAAAACGAGUAAAUAAGCAAUUAUACAAGCAAUAAAU